UCGGCCUGUUUCGGCAGUGGCCGGACAUUUUCGCCUCUUUGUUUUACUGAUAGUGGAUUUAACUCGGAUUCAACCCAAUAUCCAGCGGACCGCUCUGGCCAUAAACAGCUGAAGUGGAGCACAGGAUGCAGAGUUAACACCACCCUGUGUCUCGCAGAAGAAGCCCGGCUGCCAGACCCUCAGCAGUAGACACAUGGCGGCAAUAGGGAACCCCGAGAUGUUAACCAGGAAGAUCAAACUGUGGGACAUCAAUGCCCACAUCACCUGUCGUCUGUGUGAUGGGUACCUGAUCGACGCAACCACGGUCACUGAGUGCUUACACACCUUCUGCAGGAGCUGUUUGGUGAAGUACCUAGAAGAGAACAACACUUGUCCCACAUGUCGGAUUGUCAUUCACCAGAGCCAUCCACUGCAGUACAUCGGCCAUGACCGAACAAUGCAAGAUAUUGUCUAUAAGUUGGUGCCAGGACUGCAAGAAGCGGAGAUGAAGAAACAGAGAGAAUUUUAUCAGAAGUUAGGCAUGGAAGUGCCUGGAGACAUCAAAGGAGAACUGUGCAACCUGAAAACCCACCUGGACUCCCAGCGCAAUGGUGACCUGAAAUCAGAGGAGACAGCCAAUAAGGAAGCAGGAGAGGAGAAAGCAGAAGAGGACAAUGACUACCAUCGCAGUGAUGAGCAGGUGAGUAUAUGUCUGGAGUGUAACAGCAGUAAGCUCAGAGGACUCAAGCGGAAGUGGAUUCGUUGUUCGGCUCAGGCGACCGUUCUCCAUCUCAAGAAGUUCAUCGCAAAGAAGCUCAACUUAACAUCCUUCAAUGAGCUGGACAUCUUAUGCAAUGAAGAAAUCUUGGGCAAGGAUCAUACUUUGAAAUUUGUUGUGGUAACAAGAUGGAGAUUUAAGAAAUCCCCCCUCCUCCUUCAUUACAGACCCAAAAUGGAUCUGCUGUAGUUGGACAAAAACGCUUGGUUGUUUUGGCCCAGUGGCUGAGGACUGUGCUACGUGCUAUAUAUGCAGAGACCAUCAACGCCCACACCAAACAAACGCCCGUCAACACAGACACACGAGCCAGCAAACAACAAAACCAGCACAGCCACUGCGACACUGGCGACUUACGGGAACAACCGCUUUUCUCUGUCUUGUUUGUCCGCUAUAUGUCCUAUAUAUGUGAAAAAUUGAGAGAAAGCAUAUAUUUAUACUUUUGUAUAGAUGAGAGAAGUGGAACCAAGACCCUAUUGGUGCGCUGUUUACACUAUUAAAACAAAACAAAAAAGACACAAAAAAAAAAAGGUCAUAAGAAAAGGUUUAACAUUUUUUCUACCAUUGGACUUUGUUCCCACCUCAAUUAUGGGCAAAAAGAUGGUGCUCGGUGUCUGCCGUCCUCCUUGGAAGUGUCAACUUUUACACUGCUAACCAGAAGAGAGGAGGCGUUUCGAACUGACCGCUCUCUCUCAGGUCUUACCCAACACUUCUCGGGAGCGCAGAGCCUUUCUAUACUUAUAUAAAGCAGUUUAUAUGAGUGUGUUAUCUCAGAGCGGAUUCUUUCUCUACUUUCCGGCGCCGCUACGAGUGGAAUUGUGAAUAAGCAAAUUUAUGUGUAGUAUUUAUGUUCUAUUUACCAAUAUUGUAUAUAAAAGUUGUUGAUGGAGAGAAGGGAUGAAAGAUGUAUUGAAAGUAUGCGUGAAAGACUAAAGGCAAGAAAAAUAAGAGACUGGUUUUCCAAAAGUGCUGUAUUUUGGCCUGCGUUUAUGUGGCUACAUGGAAACGACGUAAAUGAUCAGCGAAAUUCAAGCCAGAUUCCGAAUUGGGUGAAUCUCGCAAAAUAUUCCCACCCCAAAAUGAAAUGGGAAAAAGAAAAUGAAGCUUGGUUUUGGGACCAUUAAGAUUUUGGUUUUGUAUUUUGACUUUAUUUUCAUGACAAUUAUGCAAAUUACAGUUAAAAAAAACUGCAGUUUUAAUCAUUAUUUACAGCACAUCUGAACGUCAGUAAAAUGUAAAUAAUAUGUCACUUUUAUUUGUAUUACGGUAUUACAGUAAUGCGUAGUUUUAGAGAUUGUGUAAUUGUUAUGAAAAAAAAUUGACGAUGCAAAACAUUUUAAUGGUCAUAAAAACUCUAUUUUCUUUAAUAAUUUCCUAAAUUAAUUCCAAUGAUAAUUAUAAAGAUUAUUUAACAAGAGCUAUAUAUUUAGUUUUUUUUUCCCCCCACUUAUUUUUUCAUUUGAUUUUGAGGUAAAAUAUGACCCAAGCAAUUCGACCAGUUUCAAUGGAUUCCCCAUCAGUACAUCUCUUUUCAGUGGUGCAAAAAGCUUAUAUUUAAGACGUUUAAGUGUCUAAUUUAAUGCAGCAGUGAAUAAAAGAGAUUUCUGGAUGGGAAUGGUGUUUUUAAUCAUUUGAUCCUCCCAAAUGCUAAUUUCCAGCUUUAGGAUCUUAAAUAACUUAAAUUCAAAAAUAGCCAACCUGCCCCUCAUAUAGUACAUGCAUCUCCUGAUAAAACCCCUCAGUGUCAACGUCAUAUAUGCAAUGCAUCACCUUUUGAUUGAGACUAAAAAGAUGAAAUCCUCUCCAAUCCUCCGAAGUACGAAUGUAACCCACAAGUUACCGUCCAUAUGUAUUGUACAACUGUUUGUUUUAUUGCUGUUUUAGUGCCAAAGGCUUCAUAUACCCUCCUGACUUCACUCUUUUCUGGAUGGCAAGCUGUACAAAUGGCAGAAUACGAACAGCGUUUGAAUUGAACCGAUUUAAUACAAAUGGCAAAUUGAAAUCAGAGUUUGAGCGAUAUUUAUGAUUUGUCCGUUAGUGUAAAUUGUUUAAAUCGAUCGUUUUAUUUUUGUUUGGCAAGCCCUUAACGAAUUGUGGACCAUGUUGGUCGACAAAGUGCAUCUAGUUGAUCAAACAUUAAAGGGCUCUUAUCAGAUUUCUAACAUAAAUGUAUAUUGAGAGUAAAUUGACUUUUUUUAUAUCCAAACAUUUACUUAAAAAUCUGUGCGUCAUCUACAGCGGUCAACUUUUACACGGGUAAAUGCCAAACCAGCUUGACCAAAUCUUUCUGCAUCUCAUCAUCAAAUAAUUCCACAAAUACUAAUAUUUUAUACAUUUAAUACUGAAGUCUUCAUUGAAACAGUGGUUCAUCUGCCCGUGAGUCUUUUUUCAUAAUGUGAAUUAUCUCAGUAUGCAUAUUGUCUUCAGCUUCACUUUUGUUUUUUUAAAGCUACAUAUUGUUUUACUUUUAUCCAUCACCAAUAUGCUCUUAUAAAGAGUAUUCUGUCAUGAUGAUUUAAAUAUUGCAUUCUUGUGUAUGUAUCAGCCAUUUGACGCAAACAUUUGAAUGGCUAGUGUUCCAAACACACACUGCUGGUUUAUUCCUCACAGACUGGUGAAAAAGCAACAAAUGCAUAAUUUUACUGGUUUUUUUUUUUUUUUUGCUCAUUUUCUUCCAGCAUUGGGUGCGCAUGUCUAAAGCUGGGAGGGUUUUUCUUUGGGGUAAUUGCCAUGGUGAAGGCUGGUGUUCACUGGUGAUUCUCCCUUUUGAGCCAAUAAAUGGUGCUAAUGUUUUGUACCUUUUAAAAAUAAAACCGAACUGAACAUGGUGCAGAACCGGGGGCGAGUCUUAAAAUACCUGUACUUUUCUUUUGUUUUUUGACAUGUUGGUGCUUUCGGGUCUUGUGAAACAAGUUUUUACAGCCUGUUUUUGAGGGAAGUUGUUCAUGAAAUUUUAUUUACUGCUGUCAGAGGAAAUCAGUCUCAAAUAGCAAACUAACACCAUCUUUUGUUUCAAAGAACACUGGCUUUUAGAGUAAAGUCCUGUUGUACAUCACUUCUACAGCUUCGCUCGAUCAUCCCAUGAUCAUCCCAUAGCAGCUUGAUCUGGCACUGGUCUGUAUUGUUGCUUCAUGUUUUGACACAAGCGAUAAAGGCAACUUGGAAGACAGGGUUUUUUCACUCUAGUAUUGUUUAAAUCACUCUCCCAGGGCUUCAUUGUGCAUGAGAGAGGUGUGUUAGCUCUUGAGGUAGAAUCGCUAUACUCCGCAGUAUUGGGAUAGGUCGAUGCGCUGGCCAUGUUAUCAGGUUUGCAUUGAGACAUCAGCGCUACUUCACUUGACAGGCUGGCUGUAAGAAGCUUAGAGACCUGCUUUACUGUGUUAGAAGCUGUGGAUUGUGUCCAGACUGAAGUUGCCAAGACUGGAGGCCGGUCUUCUUAUCAUUUCCGUUUGCUGGCUUUUUUGGCAUGUGACAAUGGUGCUCCGUGAACUGAACUACAAAUCUGGAGAUGUGGAAAUGAUGUUAGAGGAUGAUCCUUGGGUGAAUCUCAGGAUAUUAUCUGUAACAUAGGAUUUUGUCAUAUAUUUCACCCCAAAAUGCAAAAAAAAAGGAAAAAUAAGAAACAAGAAAUUAUAUUUUGCUAUUGUAUAUGAUCUUUUUUAAUGACUGUAAAGCAUGUUUUUCUCCUGUUGUCAUUACCGUAAUGUAAACAUUUCUCUCUCAUUACAGUAAUGUGAAAAAAUUAAGUCAAUCUGACAUUUUUCUUUUAAAUGAGCUUUUUUUUUUUAUCAGGCUCCUACGUUUAGGUUCAGUAAUUUCACAUUAAUGACAAUGACAAAGGUUAUUAUUCAAUUAUUGAAAUGCCUUAUUU